AUGACCAUGACACGCGACUGCUCCCUGAUGGCUGCAGGAGAGGCAUCGUUCGACAGUGUUGACAUCGAACAUUUCAUCUCUAAUCUUUACGUUAAUGCUGCACAUCUCCGCUGUUGCUGUCAUCUGUCUUCUCUAUCACCCCAACACGACGGGGCAUUUAUCCCCCCAAGAAAGCCACUAUUCGCCAUAGAUGCUUUCCAGGACAUUGCAGUCUGCCAAUGGGAACUUCAUAACUCUAUCUCGAUACUUGGUCUAAACGCUGAUGGCACCUCUAUUACUUCUACUUCUCGUCUGCUCGGUUCACGCAAAUAUCAUUUUCGAGCAUCCGCCUCUUGCUUGCGACCCCAUUCUGCCAGCAUUCCAGGGAUGUUUUCGUGGUCAGCGCUGCUCACGUCACGGAAUGUUAGUUUGACAUAUCUUGCAAGAUGUGAAGAUGAUAAUCGGCAUGUUUCAGAUGAUUUUCCGAUAUCAACAAUUCGACAAUCGCCUUCUGCGACGCAGGAAACCGAAUCUGUCACUACGUCAACGGCGUCUGAUCCUUUGGCAUCACAGGAAGGUGGAUAUAACAAUUGUGACACCCAGAGUUACAGUGUUCAUACCGAUGGCAAUCGGAACACGAAUUAUAUGUAUUCUCCAGGCCAGUCUGACAACUUGCAAUGUGGAAGUGAACAUACCACUAUGGGUGCGAAUAGCAGCGUCUCACUUGGGGCUCCCCAAAACCUAAUGAAUCCAUCAAAUUUGUCGACCAAUAAGGUUCAUCGUAUGACACUGAGGCAAAAACAGGAGGAGAAGCCAAAAUUAGAUCUCAAGGAAACCAUUGAUGGCCUUUGCGGUCCAGAAAACGGCGAUACCAUUUGUGGUGACUGGCCUGGGGGAUCAUGCUGCUCGGCAUACGGGUCAGGGGAAUGUGAGUCAGGUAACCUUUUCGAGAUUCUUAGUCCCAACACCCAUGCGCCGGACACGAUACACGGAACUUUUAAAGUUGUUGGCCAAUCCGGGGUUCCAGCAAUGUCUGCCGCACUUCUAGCCAAUGGUCGGGUUGUAUUCAUAGACAAGGUCGAAAACUAUACCCAACUAAUACUGGACAACGGCCAGUAUGCAUAUUCGUCUGAAUAUGACCCAUCUACUAAUAUGGUUGCGCCACUACGUUAUGAGACAAAUGCUUUUUGCUCGGGUGGGGCAUUCCUAGAAGAUGGGCGGCUAAUUAGCAUUGGUGGAAAUUCUCCGUUGCCAAUGGACCCCACAGUUGGUGAUGGAUUCCGAGCACUUCGAUAUCUAACGCGACCUUUAGACACUAAAGCUUGGGAUGGAAAAUCAUGGGAUGAGCCGGGUAACAAACUCUCGACCAACAGGUGGUAUGCAAGUGCUCAAACCCUUCGCGACGGAACAGUUUUCGUUGUGUCUGGCAGCCUCAAUGGGCUCAAUCCUUCCGUGAUAGCGAAUAACAACCCGACAUAUGAGUUACUCAAUAAGGAUGGAAUUCCCUUUGGCCAUAGCGUCUUAUUUCCUAUCCUUGAAAAAAAUCAACCCUACUACAUGUAUCCGUUCCUCCACCUUUUAAAGGACGGCACCGUUUUCGUGUUUGUUGCGCGGUCAGCUGAAAUUUUCGAUGCUCAUGGCCAGAAGACGGUUAAGAAACUACCAGAUUUACCUGGUGAUUAUCGAAGCUAUCCAAAUACUGGAGGGAGCGUCCUUCUCCCUCUGAGAGCCGCAAAUGGAUGGGACGAUGAAAUAAUAAUAUGUGGGGGAGGAGCAUUUGUGGGAAUCGCCAGUCCAACCGAUCCAAGUUGUGGGCGUAUUAAGCCGUUGUCGAAGGAUCCACAGUGGGAACUGGAGCUGAUGCCCGACGGUAGAGUUAUGGUAGAAGGAAUGAUGCUCCCUGAUGGAAAACUAAUCUGGCUCAAUGGUUGCAACCGUGGUGCGCAAGGAUUUGGAAUCGCAAAAGACCCGUCCCUUGAUGCGUGGAUCUAUGACCCAGAAGCUCCCCUGGGUCGCCGAUGGAGUAUCGGAGGAAAGACAGAAAUCGCGCGAAUGUACCACUCUGUCGCGCUCGUUUUGCUAGAUGGGACUGUUAUGAUUGCAGGAUCAAACCCUGUGGAACAACCAAUCUUGGUGCCUAAUCCCGACGUUGCGGAACAGGCAUUCGCCACAGAGUUCAGAGUAGAGAUAUACACACCUCACUACCUCCUAGAUGGGAGAGAUAAAUUUCGACCAUACGAUGUUGAAUUACCCAAUAAACACCUCCUCGUGGACAGCGAACCAUUCACGGUGGACUUCAAGCUCCAUACCGAACCCAAUGACCUGCGUGUAGUGCUUUACCAUGGUGGGUUCGUCACCCACUCGCUGCACAUGGGCCAUCGAAUGCUAUACCUUGAUCAUGUCGGCUAUCAGCCUCAGAGCAAGAGUCAGACAAUCCUAGUUACUAUGCCGCCGGAUAAUAAUAUUGCACCGCCUGGUCCGUAUGUGGUUUAUGUUGUAGCGGACGGCGUGCCGAGCAUUGGGGUAUUUGUGAUGGUUGAAGCGAAGCGUUAGAUGGUUCAAGUAGUUGCUGGGGGUAAAUGGGAACUAGUGGCAUCUUUCUGCUUUUCUUUUCUUUAUUCUUUUCUUCUUUUCUUCUUGUUUCGCCCCUUUCCUUCAUCUUCGAUCUUUGGGGGAGUUUUGGUUGAACGUUGAGGCGCUUAUCUUUCUCUUUGGCAAACAUUGAGCAAACCAGAAAAAGUCCAGCAGCAUUUUGGCUGAUUCGGUAAACUUGAAUAUCGAUGAAAAAGUUAGCUUGAUGUUAGUCUGAAGACAUUGAACCCCCAUUCUCAAGCUCCCACUGC